UCGGCGGACGUUGGGCCGCCCGCCGUUGGCUGGCUUCCUCGCGGGAGCCCUGCCCGGUCCCGGUCCUCCUGGGAGUCUCGCGCCCGCUCCGCCCCCUUUUCUUUGAAACACGCGGACCAGGAGACACUUCCGCAGCGCAUGCGCCGGGCUCAAGCAAGGCGAUAGAAGAAAGGCGGGCAGAUUGCGCACGCGCAGUUGAGACGGCGCCUGAGGGAAGAUGGCUGCGCUCCCGGACCCAGGCUUUGCGCAUGCGUUCUACUGCAGGCUGAAGCCGAACGUUGGGGACCCAGGACACCUUCGUACACAUGCGCAGGAGCCUCAAUGACAGUCGAGCGUUGGCUAAGGCUCCAGGGAAAGGGUCUGGCUAUGCUGCUUGUGACCCGGGGGGUCUGGGGAUCCAGGGUCCGAGUAUGGUCCCUGUUGCCCACGCUUCUCGGGCCCCCCCGGGCCCUGUCAUCGCUGGCGGCCAAGAUGGGGGAGUACCGCAAGAUGUGGAACCCCACGGAGCCCCGCGACUGGGCCCAGCAGUACCGCGAGCGGUUCAUCCCGUUCUCCAAGGAGCAGCUGCUCCGCCUCCUGAUACAGGCCUUGUAUGACCCCAUCAACCCCGACAGGGAGACCCUCGACCAGCCUUCGCUGACGGACCCCCAGCGCCUGUCCAACGAGCAGGAGGUGCUGCAGGCCGUGGAGCCCCUGCUGGCCCAGGCCAACUUCUCCCCGCUGUCCGAGGACACUCUGGCCUACGCUCUGGUGGUCCACCACCCUCAGGAUGAGGUCCAGGUGACAAUAAAUCUGGAUCAGUAUAUCUACAUGCAGUUCUGGGCCCUGGGCCAGCGAGUUGGGCAGAUCCCCCGUAAGUCCAGCGUGGGCUCCAAACGCGGCUUCUUCACCAGGUCACCCCCCGCAGAGAGGAGGUACUUUAAGCGGGUGGUGCUGGCGGCGCGGACCAAGCGGGGGCACCUGGUGCUGAAGAGCUUCAAGGACACGCCGCUCGAGGGCCUGGAGCAGCUGCUGCCCGAGCUGAAGGUGCGGACGCCCACGCUGCAGCGCGCGCUGCUCAACCUCACGCUGCUCGUGUCGGGCGUGGUGUUCUUCGUGAACGUGGGCAUGGUGGUGCUGUCGGACCUCAAGGUGGCCACGUCCGUGCUGCUGCUGCUCUUCGCCGCCUUCAUGGGCCUGCGGGCCUCCAAGAUGUUCGGCCAGCGGCGCAGCGUGCAGGCGCUGGAGCUGGCGCACAUGCUCUACUACCGCAGCACGUCCAACAACUCGGAGCUGCUCAGCGCCCUGGCCCUGCGCGCGCAGGAGGAACACGCCAAGGAGGCGUUGCUGGCGCACAGCUUCCUGGCCCGGCUGCCCCGGACUGCGCGCUGUGCGCCCGAAGAGACCUCCCGCUGGCUCCAGACCGAGGUAGAGAACUGGCUCCUGGCCCAGUCGGGCUGUGACGUGGCCUUCAACGGAACUCGGGCCCUGGCCCACCUGCAAGCCCUGACCCCCAGCAUCGGGAUGUACCCGCCCCCGGGUUUCCUCAAACUAGACCCGUUGCCUACAAGCAUUUCCGAGGCCCCCCGGUCCGCACCCAGUAGUGACAAGCCCUGAGCGAAAUCCCUGCCCGGCCGCGGCCCGCCGCCAGGUUAGGAGCUAAGCCCCGCCCCCUCCAUGCCAGGCUGUCAAUCACAGCCACUGAUGCUUUGCCUCUCCCCAACUUCCACUUACCCACAAGCUAUCGCUUCCGUGACACCGGAUUCUUAAACAAAGCCGGCAAUUGAGGCAGCCUGUGGUUGCUAGGCACCCCUACCCCCUACCUCGGAACAGCCAAUCCAAGCUUUUUGGCUCUGCUGCCCGGAUAUCUCUUAGUCCCACCCUCGCCGUAAACAUCCAAACGUGGUUUGGGGAGUGUCAGCCAAUCACAGCCGUUCAGUGCUGCAAACCGCUGGGCCCUGUGGUUAAACUGUACCUUCCCAGGCCUUAGAUCACUGUCUUUUUAGCCCGCUCGGGGCUGACUGCCCAACUUUUUCAUCAGGGCGGGGCCCCGGUCCACAGCCAAUGCGAGCCGGUUAGCCCUGCGCUCUGGCAAACUGCCGACGACAGCUGAUGGGCACCGUGGACCCUGGGCUGCCAGUUGGCGCUGCGUAGAAGAAACCAGUCCGCAUUUCUAAAGGAAACCUGAUCUUUCUAUGAAGUGACGCUGCUUAAGAAGGCAGGCUGUCUGGUCAACUGCCCAUCGGCUUGUCCAGGCUGAAGGGGUCGGGAGCCUUGAGUCGGGCAGAACAUGGUGGGUCAGGGGGAAGCAGCGACCGACCACCCUCACUCCAAGACGCAUUUCCACUCAGGCCCCAACAACCUCAGGUGCCUUUCCUGCCUGGGUCCCUCGCCCUUUCUGCAGAAACUACCUCGGUCUGGAUCUUUCUUCCACCAGUGGCCUGUGCAAUAUUUAUUGGUCUAUGAAUUUCUCCCUGGUCCGCUCUCCCAAAGGAAUAAAUCAUGUUCAAUGAA